AGACAGGUGCAAAAUAACUUUUUAUAAAAUCCCAUCUGAUUGUUUGGUGUUUCUGCAGCCUUUGUUCACAGCAGAAGAAAGAUGAAUUGUAGCACGAAUCCUAGGUGGUGCCAACAAUUAAACAUCCUGAUACAAUCCAUGUGUGACUUUGUCUCUUACCCAAGAAAGCAAGCUCAAGUUCAGCAACACAUGAUCAAUCCUCAAAAAACAAGCGGAGAAUCUUAAGGCAAAAAAAGAAUACGUUUUGGUCCAAAAUGCUGCAUCCAGCAUGUGAGAGAGAAUUACCUUUCCCUGAAAAUGCUGACUCCUUUAAUUAAUUAAAUCUUUACAUUAAUAAGGAUUGCACAGGUACUCUGCUACCCAGAAUCACCUUUGUCUCAUCCUUCAUCAUGUGCUAAAACGAUUACAGGGUGUGUCUUCAGCCUACACAAUCUGUAUCCAUCUACAUACAUGACAUUUAGUUUAAUGUACCCUACCAGUAGGCCUUUACCUUUAUUUACCUUAAACUCAAUGUUUCCAUUCUCUGCUGUGUAAACACGGGUUAAUAUAUCAGGAAUUCACUAAACCCCUGGGCUUAACAGUUCAUUGUGGACUCCCUGUCAGUUGCACCCUGCAGAAGAAAAAGCGCCUUCAGGACAAGGUGAUGAAUUUGUUGUUUUUUUUGUGUUCAGAGUUCGCUGUGUAAACCACAUGGUUCAUGCUGUGUCAUUAUCACCUGGAGGGGAAUGUGACCACCUGAGCUGGAUCUAUAAAAGGAGGAGAAGAAAAUAUUUAACUCACCUCCUCCAGAAGAAGAAGACCAAAGAGCGGAGGAAUCUUCUUUAUUGUCGGGAAGAUGUUUGUCAUCUUGAUUUGCAUCUUGACACUCCAAGAUGUGCACACUGCUUGUGUUGUGAUGUUUGCCCGGAGAACACAACCGUGCAGGCCGAGAUCGUAAAUGUUCACAACGCCUUCAGGAGAGCAGUUGAGCCUGCUGCUGCUGACAUGCUGAUGAUGACUUACAGUUUAGAGUUAGCGGCCAGCGCUCAGGCCUGGGUGGAUAAAUGUACUCUCAGUCAUGGACCAGCCAGCACCCGUCUGCUUGACGGAUAUGAAUUAGGUGAGAAUCUCUUCUAUACUUCCUCCCCAUCUUCAUGGACCACUGUUCUUACGGCCUGGCAUAGCGAAAAGUCGCAUUAUCUUUACCCCAAUGGAUCCACCAACAGACGACCCAUCGGUCACUACACACAGGUUGUGUGGAACAGCUCCUACAAAGUGGGCUGUGGAUUUGCUCUCUGUCCCAACAACAUCUACUUCUACGGCUGCCAUUAUUUCAGAGCUGGAAACUUUAAGAGAUGGCCUCCCUACAAGGUUGGGACCUCGUGUGCUUCCUGCCCAAACAACUGUGUGGACAAACUCUGCACCAAUCCUUGCCCUUAUAUAAACUCUUUCAUCAACUGUCCCAGACUGAAAGUCCUCAGCGGAUGCAGCGACCCGCUGGUGUUUGCCUGGUGUCCUGCUUCAUGCAAAUGUACCACUGAGAUUAUUCCAAUAUAUUAGACUGAACAGCAAGAAUACUUAAAUUUCACAUGUGUUCUUUAUCUGUACUGAAUAUAACGCCGUUAUCUGCAAAGAACAAUAAAGGUAAUAAUUUAGAAUUGGA